AGGCGAGGACUAGGGUUGUAAAAAAGAAGUUUUUACAUUGCAAGUUUCAGGAACUUUUUGCCUAUAAAAAUGAAUAAAUAAAUAAAAAAGAAAAAAGAAAAAGAAAAAGAAGAUGGCCCUCUUUUCCUUCCUCUUUAUGCGAUUCUGUACAAUGCUUCAAAUUUUCACAAUUUGUUGAAAGUUGAUUCUCUGAUCCCAAACUUCUUAGCUGUCUGGACAAAAUGAGCACCACUUCAUUAACUUCUAUUUGUUUUGACAGAGCCCACUGUUGGAACAAGGACUUGAGAAAGCAACAGUAUGGGAAGCCAUUUAUUAAGAGUUCGAUCAAGUGUGGAAACUCAACUUCACAAAAGACUGUUCGUGUUGGUGUUCUUGGAGCUAGUGGCUACACUGGUUCUGAGGUUAUCCGGCUUUUGGCAAAUCAUCCACAAUUUGGGGUUGCACUGCUGACAGCUGAUAGGAAAGCUGGGCAGCCACUCACGUCUGUAUUCCCUCAUUUGGGUACACAAGAGUUGCCAGAUUUGAUUGCAAUAAAAGAUGCAAAUUUUUCUAAUGUGGAUGCUGUAUUCUGUUGUUUGCCACAUGGAACCACUCAGGAAAUAAUUAAAGGCCUUCCAAAGCACUUGAAGAUUGUUGAUCUUUCAGCAGAUUUUCGUCUAAGAGAUAUUUCUGAGUAUGAAGAGUGGUAUGGUCCGCCACACAGAGCACCAGAUUUGCAGAAAGAAGCUAUAUAUGGAUUGACAGAGGUUUUAAGGGAGGAAAUAAAGAAUGCACGCCUAGUUGCUAAUCCUGGUUGUUAUCCAACUUCCAUUCAACUUCCUCUUGUCCCACUGAUAAAGGCUAAUCUUAUUGAGAUUAGAAAUAUUAUUAUUGAUGCUAAAUCUGGUGUGAGUGGAGCAGGGAGAAGUGCCAAAGAAAAUUUAUUGUUCACUGAAGUAGUUGAAGGUAUCAAUUCAUAUGGUGUUACCCGGCAUCGCCAUGUUCCAGAAAUUGAACAGGGACUCACUGAUGCUGCACGUUCAAAAGUAACCGUUAGUUUUACCCCACAUCUGAUUCCAAUGAGCCGUGGUAUGCAAUCAACUAUUUAUGUGGAAAUGGCUCCAGGAGUCAGAAUUGAGGACUUGUACCAGCAACUGAAGCUCUCUUAUGAGGAUGAAGAAUUUGUUGUAGUAUUGGAAAAUGGAGUCAUUCCUCGAACUCAUAGCGUUAAAGGAACUAAUUACUGUCUAAUCAAUGUUUUUCCUGACCGAAUUCCUGGAAGAGCAAUCAUUAUAUCUGUAAUUGAUAAUUUAGUGAAGGGAGCUUCAGGUCAAGCUUUGCAAAACCUUAAUUUGAUAAUGGGAUUUCCAGAAAAUUUGGGGCUUCAUUACCUGCCUCUAUUUCCUUAGAGUAGAGUUAUCUUAUCCAACAAGAUUAAUGGUGGUGCAGAAUCAAUUUCUUGGAUAGAGCUCCAACAUUACAGUCAUAGUUCCGUAAUACUUGGUGGACUAAUGGAAAUAUUUUCAAAUAAUGUGUUUUCAUCACCGAGAUUGCAUUUUGAAUUUCUUCUACAAUUUAGAAGGGAAUUUGGUACCGCAGGGAUAUUAUGGCCUAAUUUCUCCCUGAGUGUUUUCUUUUUCUUUUUCUUGGUUUCAAAUGUUGGAAUAAGUCAUUGAAGGUGGUAGUAGCAUAUAGUCUUUUAAGGAUGGGUUUUGGAAUUUUGGAAUAUCAAUAAUUUAGCGGACUGUGAAAU